UUUCACUUUCAUUUCUCAAGCGUUUGGAAUUAACGAAUGCCAAUGCUUUUGAAGUGGCUAGUUGUGAUUUUAUUUUUACAUGCCUGUGAAGCAGGAGGAGGUUCAGGUCGUGGAAAGAAGACACCUACACCUACAACUAUCAGGUCAACGACAACAACUUCUACGGCAUUACCUUUACAUGAAUGUUUUUAUUCGUGCGCGAGAAACCAUAAUCCUAGACUUGACUGCUUAAAUUGGAAUAGUUCGGACAGUUGUUCGGAGUCAGCAAAUUUGAAUGAUGAAGACUGUAAAAACAGUGGAUACAUAAGAUGUCGGAAAACGUGCUGUGAAGAAGUGAGAAGAAUUGAGUUAUUCAUUAGGACUAUAAUUCAGAACUGACUGACAUAAGAACUGCACACACACAGAAAAAUUUAUUCAUUUGAUACAUCUUUUGAUGACGCUUUGUUGAAAUUUUCAUUAACGUUCUCAUAAAUUCUCAGAUGGAUUAGUGAUAAUAUUAGCUGGUUUCUCCAUUAUAAAUGGAUAAAAUUUCAUUUCCAUGAUUGUACUGGGUGGAUUAGGAGGUGAUAUUUUGCUCAGCUUUCGAUUUCUACUGUUAAAAUUCAUUUCCGCUCUAUCUAUAAUUAUUACUUGGUAAACACACUAUCAAUAGACCUUCAGGUUCACGUGUGUGAAUAAUGGUGUGCAGCCUUCAGAAACUGAAAUCGAAUAAGUAAGCUUAGUCACGUAAUGUGAUUUAUUUAUACAACGAAGGACUAGAUAAUAUGUAGAUCUUCUAAAAGUCGUGUGCUUUCAUAUAAUUGUGUAUUCAGUUCGACUAUCAGCAGAUACUUCCGACACUUACGCCAAAACAGUAGUAAAUAGUACUAUCACAAUUUCGAUAACCUUAUUCCUUUAUCAGUACAUAUAUACCGGUUACAAACAUUUAAUGUUAUUUUCGUGUUAAUUUUCACUGUGGAACAGCAUUCCCUUGAAUCCAGGAGUUCAGAAGUUUCUGAUAAGUAGUACAAUUCACUAGUUAUGCGGAGGAGUAUGUUAUUAUUGAAUUUCACACUGUGUAAUUUGAAAAACAGUUUCAGUCUCCAUUUCAAAGGCAAAAUAACUCCACUUAUUUUGGAAUUUAUUUCCUUCUUUUCAUUGACAGACUUAAAUUCAUGACGUAGUUAUGUAUUCACUCUUCAAUGUAUAUUCACACUGAUGACUCAAGAAUACCGGUGACUAAUUCUUAGAGUGAUUUUGUCAAUUUCGAGGAAGAUAAUUGUCGCGUCUUAGUUCGACGAAAAUGAAUCCACAAAUUUACUUAGUCAGGGUCUUGUGUGAAAUUUCUAGGAACAGAUUUAUUUCACAUCUCACCAGAGUGAUUUCUUCAUCUUCGUCCGGCUCACAUUAUAACAAUUUAUUGAUUCGACAAUGUAGCGAUUUCCAAAGAUUAAAGCAUUGUAAGUUACCUUAUCCAAAUAAAAAUAUAAAAAAUCAGUGAGUAAAUUGCUUAUUUCUGCUUCAGUUAUAUCAAAAUGAAAAAUUUAGAAGCUGAACACGUGCAAGUGACUUGUAGUUACAAUGUUUUAGUCGUUACUUUGAUUUUUUUUUCACUGUUUUAUUUUUAGCCAGAAUUUCAUCAUGGUGACAGAGAAAUCUGGAA